AUGGUCUCAUCAACUGUUCGUUUCGUCUCUCUCUGCUCCCUGGCCUUGUCAACGUUGGCAUUCACACCUUGUCCUCUCCUUGGAUCUCCAUAUCCACCAUUCACUUUGAAUGCGAGUGAUCCAACUAUUGCAGGCGCCCUACAAAAGCUUACCCAAGAAUUUGACCAGCUCGUCAAAGAAGAUACUGGUCCAAAUGGGCGGAUAUCGCCUAACACCACCUUCAGCAUCGCAUUGUUCUCGUCGAACACGGGAGACGCGGAGAGUGAACCUGCCUUCUGGCAAUACCAUUAUACCUCUCCUGCACACAGAGUGACUUCAGAUGUCUCUCACAAUGUCACACAGGAUAGUAUCUAUCGCAUCGGUGGACUGACUGAGAUUUUCACUGUAUGGAGCCUUCUCCUUGCGGGUGGGGAUCAGAUCUUGAAUGACCCUGUCACCAAACAUAUUCCGGAGCUCUCCAACUUUGUUAAAAAGCAAAAUCUUUUUAAUAGUGUACAAUGGGAUGGUGUUACUGUUGGACAGCUCACAAGCCACAUGAGCGGUAUUGCUCGAGAUUAUUGCUCUAUCGACUUAGCAUCUCAAGAAAGUGCCCCCAAAGCUGGGUUGCCACCCCAGUUUACUAGUCAAUUGCCUUGUUGCAAAGACAGCUCUAUGUGCAAUGCCGAUGAGAUUCUUCAGGAUCUAGCAAACCGAUCUCCCGUUGCCGCUGCUGGCAGUACUCCGAGUUAUUCAAACAUGGCCUUCCAACUCCUGGGAUAUAUACUGGAAAAGCACACAGGCGAGCCUUUCGACAAAAUUGUCCAGAAGCACAUCUCAAUUCCGCUAGGAAUGAAUGAGACUACUGUAUUCGCACCGGAGAACUCAUUGAAAGGGGUCAUUCCGGUUAACAAAGAAGCCAGUGGUUGGUCAACCCGCCGACCAGAAAAUGAAGCAUCGACGUCCAUGUUCAGCAGUUUAAGGGACCUCGCCAUUGCCGGAAAGGCCAUUCUAAACUCAACCCUUCUCUCCUCAGUCCAAACACGCCGCUGGUUGAAGCCUGUCUCGCACACUUCAAAUCCGGUCAACUCUGUCGGCAGCCCCUGGGUCAUCUACAGUGGUGGAAAGUACCCGAAUACUUCGAUGGUGGACGUGUAUAGCGUCCUGAGUAAUGAAGGAUACGACGACGGCCUCUACAGCUCGUAUUUCGGCCUGGUACCAGACUACGGGAUUGGCUACGCGAUCCUAUCUGCCGAUAUCCAAGCGCCUGCUGACCUGAACGCACAGGCAGAUUACACGCAAGCCGUACUAACCGGAGCCAUGAAGACGGCCCUGGAGCAGGCCGCAAAGAACUUUGCUGGCGCGUAUUUGGCAUCUGGCAAUCUCAACUCAUCCAUCACUGUCACCUACGAUUCACUGCCAGGAUUAUAUAUUGAAGGCUUUACAAGCAAUGGCACGGAUUUCCGGCAGACGCUGGCAGAGCUCACGGGUAUUACGAAAGCAUCGAAUCUGAGCAUUCGGUUAUAUCCAACUCAGCUCAUUGAGAAGAAUGACUCUAGCUCCAAACAGGCCUUUAGAGGUGUUCUUCAAGACAAGACCGAAUUGGCGGAUGCUGGUACUGCGACUUGUGUGUCCUGGAUGGACCUGGACAAGUUCCAGUAUAAUGGGCAUGGAUUGGAUGAAUUCAUCUUCUCGCUAGACUCCAAGGGCAAAGCUCUUAGCGUCGAGAUGCCGGCUCUGGAAGUGACUCUAGUAAGGAAGUAA